AUGGCGGAAACGGAGGAGGCUCAACGGAUUGAGGAGCUGCUUCAGGAGCGCGCAGAAUGGCAGGAGGAGCGUUCCCGCUUACGUGAAGAAGUGGAACUCUUGAAGAGUCGUGUGGCAAAACUCGGGGGAGAAGCGAUCCAGGUUGAGAAGCGCGAUGCCGAGACGCAGACGGAAGAGCCGGAGAAGGAGUCUACGACGUCUCAACCUGCUGAGGCAGAUGGUUUGCAUGGUGUGCUGGCAGGAAUGUUGCGGUCGCCAGAGGACGAGGCGCUCCAGCUUGCCGGGAUCGAGCAGCUCUUCGUGGAACAAACACAGGCGGGUGCCGCUCAGCUGGAGUCAACACCCCAGCUGCAUCAGAGCCUCGAGGCGGCUGUGGCCAUUUUCGUCCACCACCAAAGCAAUUGGACCCUCUUGCUGAAGGCAUCACAGUUUCUGUCGGUGCUGCUGGCAGCCGUGACCUUGGCCGAAUGA